AUGGGCAGCGGCAAAGGCAACAGCAGCCGGAGCAGUAGGAGUAGCAAAAGAGCUCCCGCUGAAUGCAGUGUGUCCAAAUGCGAUCGCGCAGUGGCGUGUUACAGCAAUGGUAAAGACGCAGAUUAUUGCAAACCCCAUUGCUGCGAAUUCGGACCCAGGUGCAAUACUCGCACGCGUUCAAAAGAUAAGUUCUGCGACAAACACUCUGAGUGUGCUUGGCUUAAAUGCAAUACGAAACUCUUGGAUGUCGAAGGAGGUGACUUUAAAUACUCUAAUAUUGGUCACGGCUAUUGGCUCUGCCGCGACCACUCCUGUAAGGCGAAAGACAAAGACAAGCAAUGCUAUGAAGAGCGCGACAAGAACUCGCAGUACUGCACAAAACACUCCAAAGAGUUUCAGUGCAAGUUCACGAAAUGCGAUUCCGACCGGGAUGACUCUGAACGUUACUGCAAGAAACACCAUUGUGAGGUGGCCGACUGCCACCAUCGAACAUACAUCUUACCUCAUGAUGAAAUGUUGGCUCGGGAUGGGCGGAGGUGCAUUCGACAUCAAUGUUGUAUUGCCCCCGGAGGUUGCAAGGGCUACUCUCUUUUGAAUGACAAGGGAGAGCCUACGAAGCUCUGUGCAAACCAUGGCAAAUGCCAAUUCUUACACGGCUGCGACGCUAUUGUCCAAGGAGACUCGAGAUUCUGUACUGAACAUGAGUGCGACCAACCGGACUGCCUACAGCCUCGGGAUGUCCAUCAAAACGCAACUAUGAGAUGGUGUCAUAUGCAUUUAUGUUCCGCGCCUGGCUGCCCCGACUUCGCUAACGGACAUGGUCAAGCCCACCCCCAGAAAUGCUUCCGACAUACUUGUCAACGACGAGACUGUUCAGAAAUCGUCAAAGACAGCAAUCCCAACUCGAAUUUCUGUCAAACUCAUGCCUGCGCCGACCCUGCAUGUCCCAAUGAGUCAACAAUCCCUGGUGGGUAUUGCUUGGCCCAUGUAUGCACCACACCAGGCUGUCGUGCGCCCCGAGAACGCGGUUCUCCAUUCUUCGCCUACCUUUGCAGACUCCAUGGGGAUGAGAGACUAGCGGAACAACAAGAGAUACACUAUAUUCACACCGCUACUCCUUCUCGAGCAACAUCUCGCUCGGGUAGCAGGGCCAGUAGCUAUGACUCCCGGCGAAGGCCGAGGACGUAUGCUGGCCAGGAAUACUAUCAUUCAGCAUAUCGGGAUCCGGUCCAGGCUGCAGAAGCUCAUCGUCGAUAUGGAGGCAUGAACAGAGAGUACAUGGCGACCCCAAGAAUGAAUAUGGAUUGGGCGGGCUAUGGACCAUACCGUCACCAAGACUAA